UGUUCACACGUGGUUCUUCAUUCAGUUCCUGCAAAACGACACCAGUUGUUGUUGUUGUUUUGUUUAUCUGUCGAACGUGCGCGGUAAACACGAGCAGAUUUGUUGGUUUCCGACAGAUUCGCUCCUUUCACAUUCAAAUCUCCGCCGUCUGAAGCAGAAACCGUUUAAAACCACCCGCUGUCGCUUUUUAUCCGGCGACAAGCGGGUUAAACUUCAACUCUCCGUGGAGGCGGAAGAGGUGUGUGUUUUCUCCACACACACACACACACACACACACACACAGUGAAGCUGCCUCCAAAGAGAAAAGGCCCCGCAGGUUAGCAGGCGAGUCGGAGCUAAGAAAGACGACAAACCGAACGUUUGCUCUCAGCUGCUCGUCUCUCGUCGUUUAUGUGAGGAUUUCCGCGUCGUGUUCGCUUUUCAGUCCGACAGGAAAAAGUUGUGCUGCUCCCAGGCGGAACAACAACAACAGACGUGCUGACCGACAGGAAGCACCGACACAUGAGCCACCACACCACAACGUCCAGAGUUUGAUGGGAUGGGGAAUAGCAGCAGCGACAGAUCCAGCGGCGGACAGGGGGACAGGUCCUACAGAGAUGGACAGCAGGGAGGGAAAGAGACGCGUCCUCACAUCCUGAUGGACAGCACGGAGGACGCAGACCUCUUCCAGAGAGAAGAUCAGAAGGCUCCACAGGAAAUACAAGAAUUUCUGGCCUGGCAGCAGGAUCUGGAGAGCGAAAACAAAAGCCCUUCGACGCAGGCCAGACCCACAGUGUUCAGCUGGUCGGGGGUCGCCAAAGAAGUCUUUGUGUCCGGCUCUUUUAACAACUGGGCCACCAAGAUCCCCCUGAACAAAAGUCAGAAGAACUUUGCGGCUAUCGUGGACCUGCCUGAGGGCGAGCACCAGUACAAGUUCUGCGUGGACGGUCAGUGGACGCUGGAUCCUGCCGGGGCCGUCAUGACGUCCAAGACCGGAGCCAUUAAUAACGUCAUCCAGGUGAAGAGAACCGACUUCGAGGUCUUCGACGCCCUCAGGAUCGACUCACAGGACUCUGCAGACCUCUCAGACUUGUCCAGUUCGCCUCCUGGUCCCUAUCAACAGGAUCCGUAUGUAAUCAGGUCCGAGGACAAGCUCAAACAUCCUCCUUUCCUGCCUCCGCACCUGUUGCAGGUGCUGCUCAACAAGGACACGGGCGUCUCUUGUGACCCGACGCUGCUGCCAGAGCCCAACCACGUGAUGCUCAAUCACCUGUACGCCCUCUCCAUCAAGGAUGGCGUGAUGGUUCUCAGCGCAACACACCGAUACAAGAAGAAGUACGUGACCACUCUGCUCUACAAGCCCAUAUGAUCCACAGAGCCUGCCGGUGGACACAGCUGCUGGUUUCCUUUGAACUGGACCGAAAUAUUUUACUGAUGUUCAUUUUCAAGUAUUUUCCUGUGAGCUCAGUUUUGUAGAAUGUUGCUUCUAUUAUAACUAAAGGAACAGUUCACCCAAAAAUGAAAGCUCAUCACCUGCUCACCCCCAUGCGGUCAGUUCACUCUCCAGGUCCCCAGCUUCUUCGGGUGUUCAGGAGAACACUGAUUUGGGCGAACUGCUCCUUUAAGGUUGAAACUGCACAGUCUUUGUCACUUUAUGAUUCAAGCUUUAAAUUUCCAUUUCCUAAUGAGGAGUUCUAUCAGUCAAGACUCCCACGGCGUCACAGUGGACCCCUGACCCAGCGUCGACUGUGACAGAAGCUCUGCACACAUGACCAUACAGACACGAGGACACCUUGUGACCGUUUUUUAUUCCCAUGAUGCCUUUUUUUACAGAAUCAAACUUCUUCUAAAUCAGGUUUUGUUUGAAAAUUAUAAAGAAAUUAAACUUUGAGUAUGUUGAAGAUCAAA